AUGGACGAGUUCGCGCAAUCUAGAGAGGAUGACGAUCUUUUCGCGGAUGAAUUUGAGCCCCUCCCUGAGCCAACUGCGACAAUUGAUGAAAUAAAGCCAGAUGUACAUACUCCUCCGCAGAAUAUAACAGCGCCAAUACCCGCGACGAUCAAUGAUCAAACUCCACCUACCGGACCGGCAAAAGGAGGGCAUAGAAAUAACAGGCGCGAUCAAGGCACACAGGAUGUGCGAAGACAGCGAGGUGGACGAGGAGGCCAGGGACAUAGCGGAUUAGGUCAGUCUCGAUAUGCGCCUCAGAGUCAAGCUCCUCCAGUUCAACAAGAGAGCAAUGCGAAUUCGAACUCCGCAGCUACCUCUGGACAAGCCUCACAGCCUUCUGCAGAAUGGGAUGUUUCACCACCACAACCUUCACAAGCACCAGCAAAUACCUCGGAUUGGGCGACUACCUCUGGUCAACCGUCGCAAGCUGCUUCAAGCACUGCAGAAUGGGCAGCAACAUCUGGCCAGGCCACUCAGCCUCCCCCUCAGCCUGAAAUCGCCGCCUCGCCAGUGACUCCCUCCCAGCCAUCUAACCAUAUACCAACAGCUCCUCAACAACCCCUUCAGACACGCACACCAGCCGUUCGCGGCGACCGCUCCGCAACAGGCGGACCCCUCCACAAGAAACUCACUGAGGAAGAGCUAACAGCCAAGCUCGAGAAAAUGGCCAUCAUCAAUGCACAAAAAGCCGAGCGACAUCGUCUCCAGGAAGCCGACCAAGCAGCGUACGAUCGCAAAGAAAAGGAAUUAGCGAAAGAACGACAAGAAAAAAGUCGGAUGGAGCAGAAGAAUAGUAGACAGAUGGAGAUGGAACGCGCGAAGAAUAGACAGCGGAAAAUCAAUGCGCAGGGAGGAAGAGAAUGGGAUAGUGAGAAAGUAGAAGAGGAUAUCGUAGAUAGGAAGGGCAGAAGUAGCGUAUUUGUGAGAGGUGGAUUUGGGGGCGUCAUUCGAGGACGGGGAGGAGGAAUGAGCGGGAACAGAGAAGGCGAGGAAAUUCUUGAGGAGAGCGGUAAUACAAGGGGAAGAGGUGGUUUUGAGAUCAGAGGACGAGGAAGAGGAGGAAGGGGAGGCAGAGGUGGAAAAUCCGGAAAUUCGCAAACUGUACCUUCUUCUGAAGGUUUCCCCUCAUUACCGCCAUCAUCUUCUAGCGCAAAGGUCGAGGGGACGAAUAAAGCUCCAAACGUAGACCAACCCGCUGGAGCGUGGGCAGACGAAAUGGCAACACCAGAUGAGGCAUCAGAACAAAAAUCUUGGCCCGUGGCAGGGUAA